GAGACAGGGGUGGUGCUAUAAAUACGAGCAUGGUCAGUGCUGCAGUAGCUUGGUACUGCUAUCACAGUAACUAUCAGUAUGGGUCUUACCAAAUCACUGGCAUGUCUCCUCUCUCUGGCUACAGUCGUCUGUGCCAGAUUUACGAUGGACGAACAAAUAUCUCGCAUCAUUGGAGGCCAAGAAACUGAUUCUAACGAAUGGCCGUGGCAGGCGUCGCUUCAGUACCGGGACAGUCAUAUUUGUGGUGGCUCCCUCAUCGCACCGGAUGUAGUGCUCACAGCUGCGCACUGUGUAGAUUUUGGCGUUACCAGUGACUUUUCUGUCGUUAUGGGAGAGGACGAGUUGGAGAGAAACUCUGGAAAAGAACAAAGAAUUCAGAUUUCUGAAAUUAUCAUGCAUGGCAGUUAUGAUGGCAGUGCUGGUGGCUACCCCAACGAUAUCGCCAUUCUCAGACUUGUGGACAACGCAGAGCUGAACGAUGUCGUCCAGCUUGUUCCAAUGGCAGCCAAAGGUGAUGACUUUGUCGGAAACAAUGACUGCUGGCUCACUGGCUGGGGGAAGACAAAUGCUUCAAGUUCUGUUGCUCCAAAGUUGAUGGAAGUCAACAUUGACGUCAUCACUAACUCUGACUGUAGCCGGAAAUGGCGCCGUGUAUCGGGAGCUUCCAUCUUCAAUACACACAUCUGUCUGUUUGAGACAAAUAAGGGAUCAUGCAACGGUGAUAGCGGUGGUCCUUUGGUGUGUAGAGUGGAUGGACAGUUCAUUCUGGCCGGAGUGACGUCAUGGGGGGUCAGCUCGUGCUCUGGGUAUCCGAGUGUGUACACCCGUGUUUCAGAGUACCGUAACUGGAUAAGCAACAACAUGUAAACCACGUGAUAUACCGGUUUAUAUUAAAUGCGAAUAAAGUCAUACAUUCGUUAAA